AAAACGAACCUACGUACAUUUGGAACAAAAUAGACCAAGAAAAAUGAAGAACCACAUUGUUCCUGCAACAUUUGUGAACACCAUUUUUCUUGGUCUUUUAGUUCCUGUUUUUUCAUUUUCAUUAGCGCCUAUUCCAAGCGAUCCAGCAAGUUUGAGCAGUUGGGCACAUGCAAAUCUUGUCUCAGUCAGAGAUCGUAGAGGUGAUAUAUCAAAUCUUGAUCCAGCUCUUGUAACAGCUGAGCAACAUGUAGUUAUAAUCAAAGUUCGUAAAGAUGGUUCAGGCCAAUUCAGAACGGUGACUGAUGCCAUAAAGUCUAUCCCAAAAGCGAAUACCCAACGUACAAUCGUUUGGAUCGGUCCUGGUGUUUAUAAGGAAAAGAUAACGAUAGAAAGAGACCAACCAUUCGUUACGUUAUAUGGAGAUGCAAACGACAUGCCAACGCUGACGUUUGAUGGUACCGCGAGACAAUAUGGUACCGUUUUUAGUGGUUCGGUUACAGUUUAUUCUGAAUACUUCAUGGCUGUGAAUAUCAUCUUUGAGAAUUCAUCGCCAAUGCCAAAAAUGGGAACAAUGGAUGGUCAAGCAGUAGCAAUGACAAUCGCCGGGGACAAAGCUGCAUUCUAUAACUGCAGGUUCAAAGGUUUCCAAGACACUCUAUGCGAUUUACAUGGCAAUCACUUUUUCAAAGAUUGUUAUAUUGAAGGCAUGGCUGACUUCAUUUUUGGCGACGGCAAAUCAGUAUAUCUGAAUUCGGAGAUACGUGCAGUUUGGGACCAAGGGGGAGUUAUAACCGCGCACGGAAGGACAGCAGAAUCUGAAACAACUGGAUUUGCAUUCAUACAUGGUUCAAUUUCUGGUGUCACUACUGGUAAAACAUACUUGGGCAGGUUAUGGAGAGAUUGGGGAAAAGUCGUAUUCCUUUACGUAGACAUGGGAGCAUGCAUCCAUCCAGAAGGCUGGAGUGAUAACGGGAAAAGCGCAGUUGAUAAGACGGUAUAUUAUGGAGAGUACAUGAACAAAGGUCCGGGAUCAAACUUAUCAGGCCGAGUAAAAUACGCCAAGAAAUUAACGGAUGCAGAAGCAAGACCAUUUUUGGAUCUCAAUAACCUCAAUGCUUCAACUUGGCUUCUUCCUCCUCCCCACCUCGCAUAAAAUGUAACCAACCGCUACAAAUGAUGCAUGAUCACUUGUUGUAUCGCCUUAGUACGAACCAUGACCUUGCUAAUUGCAAGAAUAUGUUUUUUUUUUUUAUUGUUAUUGUGGACGUAAGAGAAAACGUUAAUCUACAAAAUCAAUGGAAAACAAAGACAUUUUGAGCUGUC